AUGAGUAUUGACCUUGUUGACCCUUGCGUUCUGUCAGAUCGAGUCCUGGCAAUUUCCCAAUGCAUUGGGUUCGCUCCGGCUUUGCUUUGGGAUGACCUUGCUCUUUACAGCGUUUCAGGAGGUCCAGAAUGCGGCGCCGCUGAAUAUCAAAGAAGUUGGGCUGGGAAAUUUCG